AACUCACUUACGUGAAACAGCUGAUCCGUUCGAAAGACGCUCCAGUUGCACGUGCGGCUGUAACGACAAGUUCGUAUCCGUUUCUCAUUCGUGUUCGGCGCUGUAUUGUGUCUCUUUGGCCCGCUUUCUGUGCAUUUUACGUGGCUAUUUGAUGAAUGCAGAUAUUUGCUUUUGCGUACAGUUUAGUCCCUACAAAUCCACAGCACGAGGUGGCAUCUUCACUCAGCCUCAGCGACGCCGCCGCGUUCUAUUGCGGAAGACAUCGCGAGCGGGAUGAUCUGUUCGGAUUUCUUGCAGCCGAAACCGGAGUCACCGGAGCAUUCAAGGUUCGCUUGAAAAAUGUGAAAACAUGUGAGAAUAAGAAUGUGAUCCUGUCCCCCGUGUCGUAUUAAUCAACCGAUUAGGGAUAUGGUGCACGCAAACAUUGCGACCAGUUACACCAAUCUCGUGGCAGCUGUGCUGUCAAUAUGUAAGACUGUCUUCCAAAGGCGGACGAUAUGCGCUGACACCAAAAGCCUCAACACGGUGCUGCGGCACAACAAAGCAGAUCCGAAGAAUGUAGCUGAUAUGCGAAAAAUUAUUGCUGUGAUAGAGAGCAACAUACAACGGACCUAUGGCCUAUCGUGGCAGACUGUGACAACCAAACAAAUCCAAGAUGGAGACAAAGCCUUGUGGCAGACGGAGGUUUCAAUUACGUUACCCCAACCUUUGCGCGUUGCUGCGGUUGCUGCCAAGAAAAAGGAAUCCAAGACCCUUGUGCAGAUAGCACUGUAUAACAAGCUACAGGAAGUUGGAGCACUUGGGAAGUUGUUGCCUCAAACUUUUGCCCAGCCAAGUAACCGUGGCAGUCUUGGUGAUCGUGAGGGCUCGCUUCUUCCGGAAAGUGUGCAGCAGAAUGUGACACACGCAAAGAGUAUUAUCCUUGCUGCAUACGAGCACAUCUGCAGGGCAAAAAAUAGUACAGAAUUCAGGCCACAAUUCGAAACAAGGAUGGAUGCAUGCAGGCAAUGGGUAUCAAGGGUCAGUGUCAGUUGGCCUUUCCCAAUGGUGUUUGAUGGAGUUGGUCAGAAGAAGACACAAGCCGAAGGUCAAGCCUGCAUUCCUCUGAUCGAUUAUCUCCGGGAUAAUGGCUUCCUCGAUGGAAAAUUUUAUCCAAAGAUGUACACAGAGGAAGCAAGAAAAGCUCUGAGAAAGAGACUUAUGGCACCCGUGCAAGUUGCGCUGCCGGCUGGUGCAGCCUCUAAGAUGGAGGACAUCCUAUCCGAAUUCGAGGAGAAAGUGAGCUCCCUUCAAGAGAUCCGUCAGUUCAGUGGAGAUGGUGCGGAACUUGACGCGGAUGACAACAAAGUCCCCUGGGACAUAAUGACUGGAAAUCCGCUUGAUUAUGAAAUGCAGUAUGGACUUAGAAGACCUGCCUCGCAGGGCCAGAAAGGAUAUGUGGCAUCACAGAGUAUACGGAGCUCUAGGCAGUCUUUGCCUAUCUAUCAAUACAGGAAUGAAAUUCUCUCUACGAUAAAAGACAACCAAGUUGUAGUUCUCGCUGGUGAAACUGGAUCGGGCAAGACAUCCCAAGUGCCGCAAUACAUCAUCGAGGACUGCGGAGCUGUAUCCUGUGGACCUUCGUGCAAUGUUGUGGUGACUCAACCUCGCCGUAUCUCUGCCAUUAGUAUGGCUGAGCGUGUUGCCUGGGAAAGGGGAGAGAAGGUGGGCCAAACUGUGGGUUACCAGGUCAGAAUGAAGCGUGAAAAUCUGCAGCAGCGUGGGGGCAUAUUCUUCUGCACAACAGGCAUCUUGUUGCGGCACCUGCAAAACAACCCGUGCUUGCAAGGCAUCUCUCAUGUCAUUGUUGACGAAGUUCAUGAGAGGAACGUUGAGACAGACUUCUUGUUAAUUUUGCUUCAAGAAAUCAUCAAGAGAAAUGCAGACUUACGGGUAAUUAUUAUGAGUGCAACAAUCAAUACCAAGAAGUUUUCGGAUUACUUUGAGGGAGCACCAAUCAUUACAAUACCUGGGAAGCUGCAUGCAGUGAAAGAGUAUUAUUUGGAAGACCUCUUGGAUGAAAGAAUUGUAUGCUCGAAGGACUUGACAGCCCCAAUGAAGCUAGUGGCACAGGUUGUGGAGUACAUAUAUUACCACCGGGCACCUGGUGCCAUACUGUGCUUUUUGCCUGGGUGGAAUGAAAUCAUGUAUGUCAUGAGAGAGUUGCAGAGGAUGCUGCCACCCUAUGCUCACAGCUGGAUAUUGCCACUACACUCCAAGUUGCGCCAUGAGGAUCAGUGGAUGAUAUUUAGCAGUCCACCUGACACACUGGAAAACGUCCGGAAAGUCAUCCUCGCCACAAAUAUUGCCGAGACGUCUAUUACUGUUGAUGAUGUGGUGUACGUGGUGGACACUGGCCUGCACCGAGAGCAGAGAUACGAUAGCUGUCUGGGCGUUCCAUUAUUGGACACAUUUGAGACGUCACGAUCAAGCAUGCGACAACGUAAGGGACGUGCUGGACGACUCUGCCCCGGGGAAUGCUACUUUCUCUUCAGGGAGAGCAACGCUGUGCAGCGGCCAGAGUUUUCUGUGCCAGAGAUGUUGCGUGUGGCACUACCCAACGUAGUACUCAGCUGCAAGCUGUUCUGCCCUGGGUCUGAAGUGGAGCUGGUACUGUCCCAGGCACUUGAUCCCCCACCUGCAGAGAAUAUCUGCAAGGCCAUACAGGACCUUCAGGCAAUGGGCUUAAUGGAUGAGUCGGGGGAACUGACAGAGCUGGGAAACUGUGCCGUCCUUUUUCCCAUGGCACCGCAGCUGUCCAAGGGUCUCAUUUAUGCAACACUAUUUAGGUGUGUCAAAUCUAUUGCAUCACUCGCUGCCCUUAUGUCAGAGGAUUUAGACCUUUUUUCCAGUCGUCUAAGCAAUGUGGACUCUAGAAAGGCAAAGUUGACGCUUGACCAGACCAAAACCAGUGAUCACGUUGCUCUGAUGAAAAUCUAUUCCUUCUGGGAUUCGAAGAUAAAUUCUGUGGACCAAAGCAUGUUCUGCCACAGCCUCGGGGUGAACACCUUCAGCCUGGAAUACAGUAAACGUCUCAAGCUGGACUACUUACGGAACCUUUCGCAUGCUCGUCUAGUGGCUUGCACAAGGGAUGAAAUGGGGGACUGGAAGCACCCCAUAAAUACCUACGCUAAGAACGCCGCACUGUUGGCUGCUGUUUUGACGGCGGCAUUCUACCCAAACAUUUUGCGUUCCCAAUUUGGAGCCAUUCGCAAAGGACAACUGCUGGAGAAUGCCAGAGACUUUGUUGGCCUCCAUGGAAGGAGAGCAGUACUUUCUGAGGGGUCGAUUAUUCAAGAAAGCAGCCAGGCAAAAGAACAUUCUUGGCUUGUUUACUCGAGUGCUAUGUGCCACUUUGACAGGCAAAGAAUUAUCGUGCACGAUGCCACCGAGGUUUCGUCUCUGCACAUCCUACUAUUUGCUGGCUUGGGUCUCGAGGUUGUUGAGGAUGUCAUCUUUGAUGCACAAGAGGGGUUCUGCUCCCAGACAGACAGCAAGAUACUGACCAUCGAUGGCCACGAGGAGUUGACGUUCCGGUGUUCGCGGAGGGACGCCUUCCUCAUCGCCAGGUGGAGGAACAUGUUGCUCUAUCUUGUCGAGCUGCACCUCCUCCCCAGAGCAGUGUCACAGUCUAAUAACGUCAUUUCAGACUUGCAACACUGCCUCUGGCCUAGAAUAAUUCAGGCAACUGUAGACAUUCUAGCAGCUGGCCCCGAAGAAUCAGCAGAGCGGAGUUGACGGUGCCUUCUGCUCUGAUACGUAUUUAUUUUUCGUGUGGCUAGUUUGCAAGAUUCGCAAACUAUCUCGCAGUAUAUUUGUACGUGGCAGAACUUUACUUCCGUAUUUCGCAUCAUGCCGUACAGAGUGAUAAAUUGACAAAAGUUAUGCGCCGUGUUGAAUUUUUAUUUGUGAUAGGUUGUACAUGUACAAAUAAAAAUAUUUUGUAAAUUUA